UCGAAUGUUCUGCCGAGCAGACGCGCAAUGGUCUGCCAAUUUUCAUCCUCCACGUUCCCGAUCCCCGCCCGCGAUUCCGUAAUUUCCGGAUAGAUUCCAAGGGAAUCGUGGCUCCCCGAUUGUUUUUCCUUUAGGCCUCGGAUCAGAAAGAACGGAUCCGCAGCAACCUUGCGCCGCCAAGGAGUGGGUGAUAGCAGCGGAGGAAGAGGGCGUGGGUACCAAGGGGCCGACGACGACGACGGUCGUGGUCGAGGAUGGGCCAAACAAGGCGGUGGCCGUGAGGGUGGAGGUCGCGCCCGUGGCUACAAAGGGGUUCGUGAUGGCAGACGCGGCUGAGGCUAUCAACAGGGCGGCAACGACUACGGCGGCCGCGAUGGGCGCAACAACUACAGCGGCCGCGGCUGUAGAGGAGGAGGAGGCCAGAGUCAACCGCCCUGGACAUGCAUCAAGCCACGGGGCCUCCCCUCUCCGAGCGCUACCACGCAGAGGCGGCUCAGUUCCGGGAGAAGUUCCACGCGAUGGACAUCAGCCGUGUGGCUGUAGAUCCAACCGACCGGCGAUGGAGCAGCUGUCAGCGUUCCUCCGCGCGGCACCAGGGGAAGGGGAGACUGAGGGGGAAAUGGCGACCAAGAGGAGCGUGGGCACCCUGGGCGACAAGGACCUCAGGGGGAAGAAGGUGUUCCUUCGUGCCGAUCUGAACAUUCUACUUGACGACAGCCAGAACAUCACCGACGAAAAUUGCAUCCGUGCCUCCGUGUUGUCCAUCAAGUUCCUCAUGGCGAAGGGUGCCAAGGCCAUCCUGGCUAACCAUCUGGUGAGCACGCUGAGGGAAGAUCUCGAAUGCAACCUUGCAGCAUAG